UAUCACGUGACUGUAAUGGCCGCCUCCACGACUCGUGAGUUUUUCUAAAGAUAAUAUCAACAAACAAGGCUUGCUAGACAAACAUGCUGCACGUCACAACUGAGGUCGGCAAGCCAGGAAUCAAAGAAAGGCAGAAGCGGCAUUUUCCACAUAUUCACAAUACACGUAGUACCUCCAUACCAACGUACAAGCCACAUGGUCGUCGGUAUAUUCCUCAUGGUUAUGGAACAUAUGUUGAUUGGAAACCGCAUCCUAUGAACAUUGACAUAGAGUACUCUGUGAAUGGACCUGACUGGAGCUCUAGUUUAAUGACAUGUAUCCCACAACAAUUUGACCAAAAGUACCCAGCUGCAGAAAUAUGGCCGAACAACUGGCAUGCUAUGAGACCAUAUCCUUACACAUACAAAAGAAGUGAUAAUGAAUGGUUGUUGGAUCCCGACUUGACAAACAUCGGCUUGCGAUGCGUGUUUGAUGGGACUCACAAGGCAACCAAUACCUCGGAGAAUGAGAUAACACAUACGAUGCUGUAUGGUCGGGGUAGACCUGAGCCUCUGAUCGACCAGAGGAAUGGAAUAGAUGAAGCAGCACCGGGGGACAAGAGUUACCAAGCUGUGGAAUACUCACCUAGUUUUCAUAAUCUCGGAUCAACAAGACCUAUGCCAAUCUUUGGUGCACAUAAACCUACUAAAAAGCCCGAUACUUUUGUCCCUUUAGAAACAUCAAUGUUAGGCAAUAAAAGAGAAACGUUUAGGCAAAAAGAAACUGUUCGUCAGACAGAGGACGAUGUUGUUCAGGUUAAAAAACUGGAUGAAUGGAAACCAGCAACACCACUGGUUCCAGCUCAGGAGGAUAAGAGGUGGUAGACCGUCUUCCAAACUAGCUAGAAAUAAGGCGACAGCGUUAAACCAGCCAUUUUGUCAAGAAGGCAUAUACAUGUGUAUGUACUGUUCUGUGCCAGUGGCAUGUUCAGGAGGGCAGGCAGUCAUGAACAGUUUGACUGGCAUCAGUUAUAUUUAUUUUAUUUCAAUUUAUUUCAACUUAUUUUCAUGCUUAUAUCCAAUUGAGGUUCAGGCACACUGUCCUGGGCACACACACCUCAGCUGUCUGGGCUAUCUGUCCAGGACAGUGGG